GUGGUAUGUGGUAUGUGGUUUGUUUUGGUUUGUUUUAUUAGUUUCCCGUGUACACCCGUGUAGUAAAAAUUGUGUUAUUUCUUGCGAGUUACAAUAAUUAUUCUUUAAGUUAUCAAUUUAGAUGAACACGAUGGCAAAAAUUGAGUUGAAUGAAAAUGACAUUGAGAAAAAAUUCAAUGAGCAAUGUCGAACAUGUCUUAGCGUUGGCCGUAAGAUGUUGCCUCUGGGAGAAUUUGAAAACAUUUAUAGAAACCUUACUUCAGACUAUGAAUUAAUUGUGAGUCUUUAUUUAACAUUUUUUCUUAUUCAUACGUCCUUAAACUUUCACGCCUGUACUCAGAUUUUACGGAUUUCCAUGUAGCACGAUUCUAAUCCUAACACAUCCUUAGUUCUUAACAUUAUUCAACUAUGCAUGCAUAUAUUUUGCUAUAAAUUUAUUUACCUCCUUUACUGUCCCGUGAGUCAUAUAUGGACAUUUCGAUUGUUUACAUAUUGCAUCUUCCACGCAAAGAGAAGUUGUUGAGUAAUAAAUUUAAAAAAAUUGAUAUCUUCCAGGUACCACUGUCAUCAGAACUCUUACGUCUGUGUUGGGAAUGUCAUGCACUGCUUAGUAACAUUCAAAAAUUUCAGUGUCAAGUUAAAAAAGCAAAUGAAAUGCUAAGUCUGGGACAGGUUGGCCAUACAUAUUAAUAAUGUGUGCUACAGUUAUUAUUUUUUUUUUAUUACUAGUAAUGCCAUUAAACAUUAUUAAUAUUCCCUGUAACCACUUUUGGUAAGCUUACAAUGCUUGUGUUAGAAGUGGUUCACGACAGUAGUCGAAUGGUGGAUUCGAACCCACAACCUUUCGAGUUCGAGGUCCGCGCCCUGCCAUUAGGCUACUGACGCUUCUAAACAUUAUAAAACAGUUGUUAAUACUAAAUAUUCUUUUACAUUAGUUUAAAUGUGUUUGUUUCAGAAUUUUUUAUUUUCUCUAUCUAGACUGUCAACUGUAAUACAGAACAAAAAUGAACCUAACAUAGUAUAUGUUUAUAACCAAGUACCGGAGAAAGAGAUAUUAAAUGCAGGAAAGUGUAUUAAUCCGUUUUCAAAAGACCUACCAAUGGAUAAUAUUGACGAAUCAGAUUGCUAUUUUAUGGAUUGCAAUAAUAUAGAUGAAAAAGAGAAAAUUAAAGAUAGUAGCUUUAAAAAUAUAAUGAAAGUAGGAAUAGGUAAAGAAUCUAAUGAAGAUAGAACAAAAGUGAAGAAAGUCAACAACAAAUGGGCACAAAAACGGGCAAUACAGAACAAAAAGGCAAAAUUUAAAGAAAUUAAUUGUAAAGAACUUCAUAUUGACAAAAUUUUUUUCAAGCUGCAAUUAGAUGAAGGAGAACUAAAGAGAUAUAUGCAGAAUAAAAGUGACUCUAAGAUCAAGCAAGGAAUAUUAAUUAAGCAUAUAAAGAGUCCUCAUGAUGUAACAGUGAAAUCAUACAUUUGUGACAUCUGUUCCAAGAGCAAAUCCGACAAGAACAAACUGUCAAAUCACAUACAAAAUCAUUACAAUAUGUAUAAAUGCCGAGUUUGCAAUUAUAUUUGUAACACCAAAAAGAAUAGGUGGAGGCAUGUUGCUUCUGCGCACAAAAGGAUAUUACAGUGUUUAAAAUGUGAUUUACUUUUUGGGAGUCGCAGAGAAUUCUUUGAGCAUUUUAAGCAGUGGCACGAGAAGUUUAUAUGUGACCAGUGUGGUAUCAGUUUUAAAAUGAGAUAUUGCAUCAAGGAUCACAUUAGAAAACAACAUUCGCCAUUUGAAUGCAAACCGUGUGCGAAACGGUUCGCACGUUACAAUGGGCUCUGGCUCCACAAUAAAAUACAACACGGUGGACCGACUACGCCCGCUUAUUGUGUAGAGUGCGACAGGCGGUACCCGGACUACUAUAGGUACAGAUGGCAUUUGGCUAACAGUGCGCGUCACAAGCCGCGACAGAAGGUGAGAAUUCCGUGUCCAGAAUGUGACAAAGUAUUUUCGAAGAAUAUAUAUAUGAAGGAUCAUUACAAUUUAGUUCAUUUAAAGAAUUACAAAUAUCGGUGUGAGGAGUGCAACAAGAAUUUCAUUCGAAACGCCGAUUUGACUAAACACAAUCGCCGAGUUCAUGAAGGCAUUAUGCCGCCAAGAAAUAAAAUUUGCUAUAUGUGCGGUCGGGGAUUUACUACAAACAAGAUCUUGGCUAAUCAUUUGCGAACUCACACCGGCGAGCGUCCAUAUGCCUGCACACAUUGUGAAGCUCGCUUUGCUCAGGCUGCAGCCCUGUCUUCACACGUUCGCUCUUUACACAGUCGAUAGUGGAUGUGACACUCGGAACUUCUAGUUUAUAAAAGUUAUUGCAAAAGUGUUAAUAUUUAUUAUGUAAAUAUAAUUGGUGUGU